GCUGAAGAAGACUUUGGUACAAUUUAAUACCAUGAUUUUAAUCUCCAGAUCUUUGACUCAAAGGAGGAAGCAUUGUCAGCAGGAGUUAGAGGAAAAGAAACAAAGGAGGAGGUCCCUGGCUAGUGGUGACACGGAGGACAGUCCCAACCAAGGAAUGGAUGUGGGACUGCUGGAGAUCCCUGCAGAGCUUGCUGCCCUCCUGCAGUCAGCUGAAGGCCAAUACCGAGCACAGGCCAACCAGAUAACAGAGGCAUUGCCUCCAGAAGUCAAGGUCAAAGAUGACCUUUCCCUCCCACACACAAUCAACAGCUAUCCUUUCUCCUCCUUUGUUAAGUCACACUUCCAGAAGACAGAUUUUCCUGCCCCUGGUCACCCUCUGCAGCACCCCUUAACCCAUCUGGAUGCUGAAUACCACGAGAGCGCACUGGAGAUCAACAAAUUGAUUUUGCGGUUCAUUGGUGACAAGAGUCUCGAUGGCUGGCAGGAGGUACUUCUGGGCAACUACAUUGCUGGGAGAGGUUUGAAUAAUGUGGCUCUGCGCAAUGAAAUCUUCAGUCAGGUGGUUGUCCAGACAUGGAAAAACCCAGACAUGGAGCACAGCCAGCGAGCUUGGGUCCUGAUGGCGACUUUGCUGAGCUGCUUUGCCCCUUCACCAGCACUGGAGAAGCCGUUGCUGAAAUUAGUGUCAGAUCAUGGCAUGGAGGGCUACAACGCUGUUUGCCAGCGCAAGAUCUUGACAGCAGCACAGCACACAGAGAUAGACUCUGCAUUGUCUCGGGCCUACCCUCCCACUCAGCUGGAGUGGACUGCAAACCAGAGAAGAGGGAAGAUGGUACUGGAUGUUCAUACCUUCAAUGAGGAGAUCAUCUCAGCUGAGGUGGAGUCCUGGAUGACUGGGGAGCAGUAUGCAGACUGGAUCCUGAGUGCAAGGGGCUGUGAUAAAAAGUCUCGAGGGUGGUCUAUCUCCAUGUUUACUGGCAACACAUGGCAGGACCUGCUGGGCUGUGACUUUGUGCUGGACCUCAUUGGAGAGAUGGAGAAUGCCAGCAACCUCAGCAGCCCCUCUCAGUCCUUGGCUGAGUACCCCAUCACUCCUGAAAGGGAGAGAAGCUUCCUCCAGCACUCUGACCUGGAUUUGAUCCCUCCUGCUCCAGGCAUCCAGGCGCCUACCUUCCCACCACCUAGCCUGCCCCCAGAAUUCAACAGUCUCCACCCAGAUCCAAGAUUCAGAGAUGACCUGAGGACCCCUGUAGGCUUGGAUCACUAUGUGGAUGAUCUCUUCAGCACUGUGCUGCAUCAAGGCUCCAGAGUACCAGAUAUGGAGAACAAGGAGAUUCUGACUGGACGCAUGAAAGGAGGUGGAAAGAUUGGACCCACCCAGAGAGGAAUCUUCCCUUCUGCAGACUUUCCCAUCAUCUCUAGCUAUUCCUUGGGCUUUUCUGGAAUGACUCAAGCACCAGUCUACCAGCCCAUGCCUUCGAUGAUGGGGAUGCCAGCAGCCACGCCUAUGAUGCCAGCAGCUGGUGGGAUUACACCUAUGCCAGCCAUGAUUAUGCCACAGCCUGUGGUUCCAGCUGUAGAUCCCAAUCAAUUAGCAGCACAACAGCAAACCUUUAUCAACCAGCAAGCCAUGCUCAUGGCCCAGCAGAUGACCCUCCAAGCUAUAAGCAUUUCCCAGCAACAGCAGCAGCAGCAGCAACAGCAGCGGUGGAAACAGCCUCUUGAGAACUCAAGGCCAAGAGUCCCAAGUCCACCACAAACCCGAGCCCCAGCACCAGCCACUUCUCCAAAACCCAAGAAGCCUCCGAGCAGCCAGAAUGCUGCACCACCACCAAAAGCUCCAGAAUUGCCAGCAGAAGAACCGGUUUACGACUACACGGUAGACCAGUUCUCCAGCAGUGAAGAUGAUGAUUCUCCUCGGGAAACCUUCCAGCAGAAGAGAGCAUAUUUUCAGAAAAUGGGAGAGCAACAUAUCCGAGUGAAGAAAGUCAGGCCUCCUUCCAAAAUCUGGACCCCUCCAGCAAAUCCCCAGCCAAAGCAGGAGGAGGAGAAGGAAGAGGAGCAGGAGAAGAGGAAAGAAGAGAAGCCUAGCCCUAAAACAGAGGCAGCUCCUGCUCCCCCUUUGCCACCUUCUGAGCCAAACACAAUAAAGCAGACACCAAAAGUGAAGAAGGAGCCACCGGUAGUGAAGCCUUCAGGCCCUGAGUCACGGCGUGCACCCAGCCGGGAGAUCGGCAACAUCAUCAAAAUGUACCAGAGCAGGCCAGCUCCUGAGCCGCAGCCCAUUGAGCCCGUCAGGAGAGUGUCCAAGCCAUUUAUAAAGAAGAAUGACCCUAAAAAUGAAGCUCUGGCUAAGCUGGGAAUGAUGAACCUCCCAUCAUCCAAAUCUCCACCCUCCCUGCCACAGGAGAAGAAAACACCUCCACCACUCAAGCCCAAGCCAGGCUCAGCUUCCACGUCUAUCAAGGAGAAGCAGUUGCCUCUCCUGUCCGUCUUCAGCCAGGAGAGCACCCCACCAGGUUCCCAGGCACCAUCUUCUCCCCCUUCUCCCCCACCACUGCCUUUGACUCUCCUGCCUGGGAACCAAGGCUGGCAGGAAUCCACAGGGAAGGACUCUGCUGUAACAGUAGAAGAUGAUGGUAUCAAGACCCAGCUGUUCAAGCUCACUACCAGUGUCAGCUUUUCCUAUGUCAACCCUGCCUGGAAAAUCUUUCUGCGCAAAGAGGUGUUUUACCCCAAAGAAAAUUUCAGUCACCCUUAUUGUCUGAACUUGCUGUGUGAACAGAUCAUGCGUGACACUUUCUCUGAUUCCUGCUUUCGGAUCUCCAGGGAAGAGAAGCGCAAGAUGAAAGACCUGCUAAUGGAGUUCCGGGUUGGCAACAAUGUCCAGUCCAUUCAGGAGGAUGCGAUAAAGAAGAGAAUUGUACUGGCUGCUCGGGAUAACUGGGCUAACUAUUUCUCUCGCCUCUUCCCAGUUCAUGGGGAAGGGGGAAGCGAUGUCCAGAUCCUGGGUGUUUCUCACCGGGGCUUGCGGCUGCUGAAGGUGGUGAAAGCAGCUGGCUAUAAUCCUGAACACCUGAAGAUUCUUCACAGCUACAGCUUUGCAGAUGUGCUGUCAGUGGAACUGAAGGGCAACAAUGCCCUGGAGUUCUCCCUGAAGACAGAGCAGCUCUUCCUGCGUUCUCCAAAGGCUCUGUGCAUCAAGGCCAUGGUGGAACUCUUCCUCCAGGAGCUGAGGCAGGAUGCCAACUACGUUGUUGCUCUGCGCAGCUACAUCGUGGAUGACAAGAGCCUUCUUAGCUUCAAGAAGGGUGACCUCAUUGAGUUACUGCCCAUGCAGGGCAUGGAGCCAGGCUGGCAGUUCGGCUCCACUGGUGGCCGCUGUGGUAUUUUCCCCACCAGCUUGGUGCAAUUGGCCGCAGCCCCUGAUUACCUCAGCACCAGCAUGGGGAGAUGUGGAGGGUGGCAGAAGAGCGUGCAAGCUUCCCCAGAGAGCAGGAACACUAGCAGGGAGGUGACGAGUUCUGUUCCCAGCCUGACAUCAGAACCCAACAGCAUCAUGCUAGUCCCUGCUGGUGAUCAUUAUACCAUGAUGGACUUCGCUAUAGCCUACUUCCGAGAUGCUCAGUCCACGCAGGGAUUGAAGGGGACAUCUGCUGAAAAGAAGAGUGUAGCUGACCUGGUCCAGCACACUAAGGUCCCAAUCCAGGCAUCUUUGCUCCGGUACUCUGACAGUGAGCUGAACGAGCUUGCUACAAAGAACUUCAAGACUCUGAUGCGGUUCAUGGGAGAUCAACCGAAACUCAAGAACCAGAAUGAGGUUGAAUGCAUCUAUGAAAUCCUUCAGCUGUGCAAGGAGAAGGAGAGCUUCCAUGAUGAGGUCUACUGCCAGGUCAUCAAACAGGUCACCCACAACCCGAGCCAGGACAGCGUGCUGCGUGGUUGGUUGCUCCUAAACCUGCUAACUGGGUACUUCCUCCCUUCUAACAUCCUGAUGCCCUAUGCCACCAAAUUUCUGCAGCUAGCCGGCAGCGAUCCAUCUAGCACCCACCAGGAUAUAGCCAAGAUCUGUCAGAGCAACCUGCGGAAAAAUUUCAUGUAUGGGGGCCGUCGCCACCUUCCUUUCCCGGUGGAGAUAGAGGCAUUUCUGAAAGGGCACAGUGCUCGCCGGCUAGUGAUACUGAUGCCUGGAGGCAUGGAAUACCUCACUAGAAUCAAGACAUUCACGGUGGCCAAGGAGCUCUUGCAGGAGAUCUGUGAGCAGAUGGGGGCAGGUGAACAGGAAGAGAUCUGGGAAUUUGUUCUUUUUGCCAGCAGGAGCAACAGCCAUAAUCUCGAUAAAACUGUGAGGCCGAUAAGAUUGGAGGAGUAUCUUCAUGAUUACCUGCUGGAGGACAAGUUGGUCACUGUGACUUUACGCAGGCUCAUCUGGAGGACACCUCUGCACUUUGAGAAUAAAAUUUAUACUGAUGUCCAUUAUGGACAGGUGCAGUGGGAUUACCUGAACGGCAGGAUACUGCUGAGCCGCAGUAAGGAAAUGGAGAUCGAGGUGGGCGUUUUGGCAGUGCUCCAGCACUGGGCCAAAACAGAGCAGCAGAACUCUGUUCCCUCCAGGGAGGAGCUGAAGGAGUACACGCCAAAGACCCUGCAGUCCUCCAUCAAUCCCCAGUCUCUGCAGGACCACGUUGGCAUGCUGCUGAGAACCAAGCAGCCCCUCCAGCCACUGGAUGCAAAAAUUCAGUUCAUAGAGCAUGUGAUGAAAUUGCCUUUCUUUGGCUACAACAUCUACUUUGUAAAGAGAGUCAGCGAUGACACAAUCCCUGUGCCCUGUUUCUUUGGCGUGAAUAAAGAAGAGAUCAUUGUGGUGGAUGGCACCACCCAGGCAGUCUCCUGCGUCAUUCCGUUGAAGGAGCUGCAGAAGAUGCGAACGCUGCAGCCUGUCUCUGACGGUGGGCUUCCCGGCAUAGAACUGAACUACGGCUCGGCUGCCAGCCCCAAGGCCAUGUGGCUUGAACUGUCACAGGCUAAAGAAAUGUACCACACGAUUGUUGUCAUCCUGGAUAGAAGAGAGUUGCAGCACUAGAGCCUGGGAGGAGGAGAAAGACCAAGUGAAAUGGCGCUGUCCUCCCUUCCUUGGGCUUGUUCAGUGCUCCCUGCCCCGUCUUCUGGAGAGGACUCUCCCGAAAGACACCCCUGACGUCAGGCAGUUGCUGUAAGACUGCCACCGCAGUGUGUGCUGCUGGCCUGGCCCGUGAUCGCUCCCCUGCAUGACCUGCCCCUCAGUCCCCCAGUGCUAUUCCAUGACCCAACGCAUGCCGUGGCUAACGCCACCAGACACGCUUUCCACACCGUGGCUUUUUCCCAGCCUGUUCCAACACGGAGCAGCUGAACAGGUGCAAGUGACUGCUUUAGGCUAUGCAGUGUGGGACUCCUCUCUGCUUUUUUUGAUUAACACAAGCGGAGACUGAUGCUUGCUGGGGAUGCGUGUAUGACAGUGCACAGCUGAGGCUACGAAAUGACUGCACUGGCUGCUGCUGUGUUCCGUGGUGAGCUGCUUCUCUGUAUUGCUAUGCAAGAGGCCCUAUAGCAGGAUCGAUGAAGCAGGAGCUUGUAGAAAGCAUCUUAAUUGCAAAGCAGAUCAGUGUUAAUAUAGUUAACACAUGCUGGGGUACAGAUUGAGCUGCAAUGGUAAGAAAGUGCACUGUUAACUUGAUUUUUUAUUUCUUACUGACAUAAUCAUAUGCAUGUGUUUCCCUGUACUAUAAAGAAGUCAAUCAUGUCCGUGCAGCUGUCACACAAACGAUGGCUCCAUGCCCAUGGAGGAAGCGUAUUUAAAUGGAACUUGUAUUACAGCAGGGGAGAGUAUCCUGGCUUGUACAAAAAUGCUAAUUUAUUUUUAGUGCUACAGCUACCCACCGAACUGAAAAGUAUCUGCAUUUUAGGAGACUGCAAUAAAAUAAUCCUGCAGAGAUGGCUUGAAGCUCUGACAUGACAGGUACUGGUUUACAUCUAACGCGAGAAGACUGACCUGCAGGCAGCUGGCAGAGCUUGCGGAACAGGUUGUCACUGCUGGCGGGGAAGGGGACAGAUCGGCGGGUGCUCAGUGCGAGCCGUGAUGCCCAGCCAGCUUCCUGCCGGUCGGCUGAUGCCGGCAGUAACUGCAGCAUCUGCCCUGUCAGGAACUUCCCUUCACGUACUGUUUGCUGCAGCCUGUGGAGUCUAGAAACACGUUCCACCCCCUCCUCCCUUCAGCAGUGCUACUGCAAGGCUAUGUAAGGCACCACAGCACCGUGACAGACUUUCUUUCAUGAAGUUUUCUUACAAGAAUAAUGAUGAUAGCUGGAGG